GCUUCACGUCUGAAGAGACAUCAGCUGAUCGACCCUGUGGAGAACCUGGAAGGCAGGAUGUGUGAGAAGCACGACAAACUGCUGGAGCUGUUCUGUAAGAACGACCAGAUGUGUGUCUGCAUGAUGUGCACUAUCUUAGACCACAAGACACAUGAUGUUGUUCCUCUGAGAGAAGGAUAUGAAGGAAAGAAGGCCGAGCUGGGGAAGACAGAGGCUGAAAUUCAGCAGAUGAUCCAGAAGAGACGACUGAAGCUUGAAGAGUUCAAACAGUCAGUGGAGCUCAGCAAGAAGAAUGCAGACAGAGAGAUGGCAGAAGGUGUUCAGGUCUUCAGCGCUCUGAUGGAGACUGUUGAGAGACGCCUAAAUAAUCUGAUGGACACGAUCAAAGAGAAGCAGAGAGAGACGGAGGAACAGGCUGAAGGCUUCAUCAAAGAGCUGCAACAGGAAAUCUCUGAGCUGGAGAAGAGAAGCUCUGAAGUGAAGGAGCUCUCACGCUCUGAAGACCACCUCCACCUCCUCAAAAACAUCACGGCCCUGAACGCUGCUCCACCCACCAAGAACUGGACUGGAGUCAGAGUCCAUCCACCUUCAUAUGAGGGGACUGUGGUGAGAGCUGUGAAGCAGCUGGAGGAGACGCUCAGUGAACAGAUGAAGAAGCUGUUUGAGGCCGAGCUGAAGAGAGUCCAGCAGUAUGAGGUGGAUCUGACUCUUGAUCCUGAUACAGCACAUCCUGAUCUCAUCCUGUCUGAUGAUGGAAAACAAGUUCAUGACAGUGAUGAAGUGAAGAAUCUCCCAAACAAUCCAGAGAGAUUUAGUUCUUGUACUAUGGUCUUAUCAAAGCAGAGUUUCUCUUCAGGCAGAUUUUACUUCGAGGUUCAGGUUAAAGGGAAGACUGACUGGACUUUAGGAGUGGCCAGAGAGUCGAUCAACAGGAAGGGAAUAAUCACACUGAGUCCUGAGGAUGGUUUCUGGACGAUAUGUUUGAUGAAUAAAAAUGAGUACAAAGCUCAUGCUGGCCCUUCAGUCCGUCUCUCUCUGCAGUCUGGUCCUGAGAAGGUGGGGGUGUUUGUGGACUAUGAGGAGGGUCUGGUCUCCUUUUAUGACGUUGAUGCUGCAGCUCUGAUCUACUCCUUCACUGGCUGCUCCUUCACUGAGAAACUCUACCCAUACUUUGAGUCCUGUCAUAAUUAUGGAGGUAAAAACUCUGCUCCUCUGAUCAUCUCUCCUGUCAACCAAACUGAGGAGAGCAACCACUGAGUUUCAGAGAAAGGUUGAUGUCAAAGAGAACACCUCAAGAGGUGUCCAUCAUCACAAAUGUCUUUAAGGCCUUUAAGGUGUCCUUUAGUUCCUGAAUAUGACCCUUGAUGUGUUUGAUCUUUGCCGUGGAAAACUACAAAUAAAUAAAUAAGACAUUUUCAGCA